CACAGAGUUGUUGCAGGCAGAUAACCCAGAGCCAGGCAAGGCAAAUACACAGCCAGGCUGAGCUCCGUGUCCUGCAGCACCCAGAGCAGUGGAGGAGAGUGGGAAUGUGUUGAGGGUGGGCAGUGGACACACAGGGAUGCUGCCCUUCCUCCAGAGAUGCUGCAGGAGGCUUCCCAUGGGACAGCACACAACCUCUGUCCUGUCCAGAUGUCUGGGCAGUGCAGCCGCCUCCUCCCACCCCAGCUCGGCUCCCUCCAGGUCCUUCAUGGCAACGGCACAGACGUGGGGACAGUGGUCGCGUUCCAGUGCUCCACUGAGCACCAGCUGGAAGGACCGGGAAUCGUCACCUGCAUUUGGAAAGGGAACAGCACGCAGUGGACAGCCGGAGUGCCCUUCUGCAAGCCCGUAUCAAAAUAUGAGACUUUUGGCUUUAAGGUCGCAGUGAUUGCCUCCAUUGUGAGCUGUGCUGUCAUUCUGCUGAUGUCCAUGGCUUUCCUAACUUGCUGUCUGAUCAAGUGUGUGAAGAAAAGUGAGAGGAGGAGAACUCAAAGAGAUAUGCAGCUGUGGUACCACCUAAGAACUGAAGAGCUGGAGCACAUGCAAGCUGCUUACUUUGGUUUUAAGGGAAGAAACAAUAACAACAACAAUAAGAAACUCAGGAAUACAUCUGUAUUUGAUGAUGUGACUCACAUGGCAUAUGAUAACCAAGGCUUCUACAGGUUCCAGGAAGAGUGGACUCGGGAUGUUGUAGUUCCUGGGUGUUGCAAAGACAACAAUCAGCUGCUGAAAGCAGCCAAGAGCAGUGGUGCACCUGGGACACACGGGGUACUGAGGCACAACACUGCAGUGCAGAUGGUGAACUCAAUACACGCUGCUGAAGUCUACAGUCAUAACGAUAGUUGCAACAAACCAAGCUGCCAGAUACCUGGAUAGCUGGUGUCUGAAAUGCAACUGCUUCUCUGGACCAAAAUGAAAUUUUGAUAGAAAUAUGUGCCUUAAAGACAACAUAGAAAUUUCAUUAUUCAUACAAAUUGUAAUUUUUCUAUAUUCCAAGAUGCCUCAAGGUCUGAUACAAAUAAAGGUAUGAAUGUUGGGGCUGUCAA